AUGCGGUUGCCUUGCUCCAUCUUGUUGACGGUGUCUCUGUUCACGGCCGAGAUCACUGCGGCGCUCUACCUGAGCUCCACGUACCAUUCGGCGGGGGACCGGGUCUGGCAGAUCCUCACCCUGCUCUUCUCGCUGGUGCCGUCCAUGCUGGUGCAGUUCGCCCUCAUCUUCUUUCAUCGAGACCUGGGCAGGGACAGGCCCUUCAUCUUACUGCUGCACAUGCUACAGCUCGGACCCAUCGUCAGGUGUUUGGAGGCAUUCUGGACAUACGGCAGUGCGGGCCGUGUGGAGGAUCCCUAUGUCAGCAUCACCAGGAAGAAGCAGAUGCCAGUACAUGGCAGGCCUGAGAUGGUGGAGCGCCAGGUUGGCCAGGCCGAAGGCAAGCUAGUUACGCACCGGGCAGCCUUCGCGCGUACCGCAGUCAUGCAAGCGUUCCUGGGAUCAGCACCGCAGCUGACCCUGCAGCUGUACAUCUGCAUGCUGCAGCGAGGCAUAUCGAUCGGAAGAGGCACACUGAUGGCCAUCUCUUUGCUGUCCAUUGUGUACGGCGCCCUCCGCUGCAACAUCCUGGCCAUCAAGAUCAAAUAUGACGAGUACCAAGUGGUGAUGAGCCCGCAGGCCUACCUGUGUAUCUUCCUGUGGCGCACCUGCGAGAUCGCCAGCCGCGUAGCGGUGCUGGUUCUCUUUAGUUCGGUGCUGAAAAUCUGGGUCCUGCCCGUGGUUCUUGUCAACUUCCUGACUUUCUUCUUCUACCCGUGGAUCCUGUUUUGGAGGAGCCACUCGCCCUUCCCGCAGCACAUCGAGAAGACGCUGACCUACGUGGGCACCAGCGUUGUGUUGUGCAUGUUGACUUUCCUGUACGCCGGCAUCAAUGUCUUUUGCUGGUCAGCCGUGCAGGUCAAGCUCAGUGACCCCGACUUGAUCAACAAAUCCCAGAACUGGUACCGCAUGGUUGUGUACUACAUGAUGCGGUUCAUCGAGAACGCCUCGCUGUUGCUGGCCUGGUACUUCUACAGGACUGACCUCUAUGAGUUCAUGUGGGCGCCGUUGCUCAUUCUAGGGGUGCUUGGAGCUUACGUCGCCUGCAUUUUCUUCAUGCUGGUCUUCUACAAGAACUGCCACCCGUGUCGGCGACUCUUCGCCUCCAGCAUCAGCCAGGACGUCGGCGACUGCUGCACACUUCUGUGCCUGUCGUGCUCGUCCAACAGCCCGUCCGAUGUGCCGUCCGGGGAUGCACGGCCCCGUUUAUCAGUCGGGACAUCGGAGGACGCGUGUUUGGAUGUUCCCGAAAAUCGAGGAGGCGGGGCUUGA